GUCUCGGAUACCAACCACCAAGCCUUUUGUCGCUUGCUCUAGGAACGGUCGGUGGGUUUUUCCUUUCUUGUUUGCAUAUUUUGAGGGAUGGUGCGUAACAGCACAAUUAAAACUACAAUCAUAGUGUAAAAAAGUAGUGAAUCAUUGGAGACCAAUGGUUUUUUAACACAAGAUUACAAAUAAGUGUUCAAUCAAAUCCAACUCACUAAAGCAAUUAAUCUUCGUGAAGUUCUAGGCUUCUUCGAACAAAAAUAAUUGGUAAACAACCUACACUAAAUUGAGUUGAACACAAGUUACAAAAGCAACCAGACGAACGAUCGAGUCAACAUCAACGUACUGAUCGCAUCAACAACCCAAACUGUUCAAUAUUUUUAUUUUUAGAUACAUGAUAUCACGCACACGUUGUGAAUGAUUUAGAGCGCGUUUUUUAUAAUUUUUUGUUAUACUAAUACGCAUAACAUGAAAAUUAUUAAUAGAUUCCUAUGUAGUUCCAAACGUUACAAAAAUUUGUUAUUCAGAGACGCAAUCCAUAAUCCAUAUAUAAUGUUAGUUAUUUAUUAUUAGCUAAAAUAGAUUCAACUUUCUAUUCUGUGGUAAUAAAUUUAGAAAACUAAUAAUUUGAAAUAAAUUAUCCUAAUAAAUUGCGUAGAGCUGUGAUCCAUAGUAUACCCAACGAAAAGAGGUUAACAAUAAAAAUUUAAUAUCCAUGUGAAUUGAGUCAGAUCGAAAUCCAUGAAUAAUGUGGUUGAGCUUUUAAAUGCAAUGAAUGUGUUCUUUCUAUAAACACAUGCUUUUAUAAUAGUUAAUCAUAUUCCUAAUAGUAUAUUAUUAGUUCAUCACAGUGAUGAUGAUAGUGUAAUAGCCUUAGCGAACCAUCGAGGCCCCACCAAUAUACAUAAAUAUUGAAACUUUCAAAAGAGUUAUUCUAGAUCAGGUCCCAUUCACAACUUAGUCAAUUUCUUAAGCCCGUUUUGUGCGUACGCCAUCAAUUUGUUUCCACCAAAUGGACCAUUCACAACAAAGGCCUCUUCGCUACAUAUAGCAAUCUCUCACUAUUAUAUUUUCCUAUCUUGUUUGUUUUUUUUUUUUAUUUUCCCUCGAAAUCAUCACAAUUGCACUCUCUGGGAGGAGUCUUUGGCUUCUUGAGAGCAAAAUGGAAGGCAUUUCCUCGGCUUCUCUAUCAGUGAGGGCUUCGGAGAUCGCCAAAAGCCGCGAAGAGCUUCUGAGGCUACUAAACGACGUUCCGGAGUCCGAUUACGAGCUCUCCCUCACCGACUUAGUCGAGAAAGAAGGAUUAACGUCGGAGACGGGAGCGGUAACGAAAAAAAAAAUAAUACAUGACGACGAAACGAAGGAGAAGAGGCCUAAAAUGAAUGAGAGGAAGAGGAGAGAUCGCAGGAGUAGUUGCGGUGGUAGUAGCGAAGGAGUGCUCCUAAAUUUCUACGUGCCAACGUCGUUGACACGGAGCCUCACUGCCGCACGGACGAGCCGUGGGGGGGUGGAUCAGCGAGCUAACACCGAGUAUAACAAAAGGGACAGGGAACCAGCUGCGACACCGGGAUGUUGGUCGGCGUUAUUGGAGUACCGUCGAGGAAAGUCGAAGCGAGCAAUUUUACAAAGUGGCAGAUGAACAACAGUAAUCCUGGAUGCAGUUUUGAUUGCAGAAGAUGUUCUUUAACAUCUUAUUACUAACUGCGUGGUGGUUGAUAUCUAAUGGGCCUUUUUAGGGACCUUCUUUGUGUGGUAUUAAACAUUUGGGCCGCGACGUAACGCAGUUAUUCGAUCGAUUAUCCUUAGUUUCUUUGAUUGUAGAUAAUGUUAUUAAUCCAAAUAUGGCUGUAGAUAAUGUCAUGUAUCCGAUUAAUGGCUCGAAACUGAAAAUUGAUCCGUAAUUCACUAAUCCUGAAAAUUGAAUCAGGCCUUUGCUUA